AUGGAAAAUACAGAUAGAAUUAUUAUUCCAAGUGAAUUAAUUGGUUCAGUGCCUCGACCUGAUGAACUGAUUGCAGCUUUGCGUAGUUAUCGUUAUGGACGAAUGGGUCGUGAACGUUUAAAUGAUUUUUAUACUAGAGCUGUCCAAACAACGAUUGAAGAACUUGAAGCAACAGGAUCGAAAGUUAUUAGUGAUGGUGAACAAACCAAACCAUCAUUUUUAAUUUAUCCAAUUUUUGACUUAGUUGAUGAAUCAUACUCAUUUUCAACUGAUUGUUUUUCUCUUAAAUUUGCAGAUGGUCAUCAACGUGCACUACCACGUUUAGUUAAAGCACCAUUUCGAUAUGCUAAAUAUGCUCAUACAUAUAUUGAUACUGCGAAAAAUUUUACAGGAUUACCAAUUAAACAAGCAGUUAUUAGUCCAUCAGCUUUAUCAAUGGUUUAUCCCGUAGCUACUAUUAAAGGUUAUUCACAUGAUCAAUUUUUAACUGAUUUAAUAAAUGAAUCGGAAAAAGAUAUUCGAUUAUGUCUUGAAAAAGGUGCACAUUGUAUACAAAUUGAUUUUACUGAAGCACGUUUUUCUCUUAAAGUUGAUCCCACUGGUCAAUUAUUACGUGAUUUUGUUCGUCUUAAUAAUCAAGUUUUAGAACGAUUUAUGUUUAGUGAACAACAUCGACUUGGUGUUCAUGUUUGUCCAGGUGGUGAUCAAGAUAGUUAUCAUUCAUAUGAUAUUGAUUAUUUAAAAGUUCUUCCAACAUUAUUUGAAUUACAUGUUGGCAAUUUUUAUUUACAAUUAGCAAGUGAAUCUAAUCGUCAACGUGUAUUAUCAUGUAUUCGUGAAUAUAUGCAACCAUGGCAUAGAAUUUUUGUUGGAGUUAUUAAUCCAGUUGAUCCUCGAGUUGAAACAGCAGAAGAAGUUUGUGAACGAGUAUUAGAAGCAGCAAAAUAUAUUCCCAUUGAACAAUUAGGUACAACAGAUGAUUGUGGAUUUUCACCAUUUGAUGAUGAUCAAUCAACACCAAGACAAAUUGCUUUUGAUAAAAUACGAGCACGUUUAGAAGGAACACGUAUGGCUGAAGAACAAUUAAUGGCAAGAAAACGAACAAAGAUUUAA